AGUGGGUGGUGAGACCCCAGAAUCUGAGGGGUAUGUCAGUGUUUGCUCCCCUCUCCCAACUGUCCUCCAAGGGAAGGUCUCUCCAGGAAAGAGCAGCUUUGUCCCGCAAAAGCUAGACUGCAAGGACUCUGUGACACGGGGAUGGGACCGAGUGGGUGGAGGUGACGGAGGAAGGCGUGCAGGCUGCAAUCAGGUGUGUGCUACCCGACGUGGGCGGGGGAGACACCUGGAGUGUGCAGCGGGGGGCGGGGAUGGAAGACGGGGUUCCCUGGCUUCACCCUCUCAGGCAGGGUUGAGGGAGGCGGCACGUCCCUCAGCGGCUUGAUCUUAAGGUGGGACGCUAUCUUUGGGGAGGCGCUUUCUGGGUGGCCCAUCUUUGGCGUGAAGCAUUCCCCUAUCUACCCACUAUCUGCCAAGGGGAAGACCCCUCCAAGGGCAGGAAGUCAGGCCAACGUAGGGGACCUAGGACAUUACUGGACCCUCUGAAAAAGAGCGGAGACGCGACCUAGGCCCCUCCCCCGCCGUCCGGCCCUGAGUGCCCGGCGCUAAGACCCAGCGGGCGCGCCACCAGCCCCGGCCCCCGCCCGCCCCUCGGGCCGGGCCGCCCUCUGCUCCGUGGAGCCGGCCGGCGGGGGCAUGGGUCGCGCGGCUUGGGGGCUGCUGUGGCUGCUGCUGGGCAGCGCCGGCGCGCAGUACGAGAAGUACAGCUUCCGCGGCUUCCCGCCCGAGGACCUGAUGCCGCUGGCCGCGGCCUACGGGCACGCGCUGGAGCUGUACGAGGGCGAGAGCUGGCGCGAGAGCGCGCGCUACCUCGAGGCGGCGCUGCGGCUGCACCGGCUGCUGCGCGACAGCGAGGCCUUCUGCCACGCCAACUGCAGCGGCCCCGCGCCGCCCGCCGCCUCCAGCGCCGCGCCCGCGCCCGGCCCCGACGGCGGCGGCGACGACGAGUGGGCCCGCGAGCUGUGGCUCUUCGGCCACGUCCUGGAGCGCGCCGCCUGCCUGCGACGCUGCAAGCGCACGCUGCCCGCCUUCCAGGUGCCCUACCCGCCGCGCCAGCUACUGCGCGACUUCCAGAGCCGCCUGCCCUACCAGUACCUGCACUACGCGCUGUUCAAGGCUAACCGGCUGGAGAAGGCGGUGGCCGCGGCCUACACCUUCCUGCAGAGGAACCCUAAGCACGAGCUGACCGCCAAGUAUCUCAGCUACUACCGGGGGAUGCUGGACAUCGCCGACGACGCCCUCACGGACCUAGAGGCCCAGCCCUAUGAGGCCGUGUUCCUCCGGGCUGUGAAGCUCUACAACAGCGGGGAUUUCCGCAGCAGCACUGAGGACAUGGAGCGGGCCCUGGCCGAAUACCUGGCGGUCUUUGCCCGGUGUCUGGCCGGCUGCGAAGGGGCCCACGAGCAGGUGGACUUCAAGGACUUCUACCCAGCCAUAGCAGAUCUCUUUGCAGAGUCCCUGCAGUGCAAGGUGGACUGUGAGACCAAUCUGACCCCCAAUGUGGGCGGCUACUUCGUAGACAAGUUUGUGGCCACCAUGUAUCACUACCUGCAGUUUGCCUACUAUAAGCUGAACGACGUGCGCCAGGCUGCCCGCAGCGCCGCCAGCUACAUGCUCUUUGACCCCAAGGACAGCGUCAUGCAGCAGAACCUGGUGUAUUACCGCUUCCACCGGGCUCGCUGGGGCUUGGAGGAGGAGGACUUCCAGCCCCGGGAGGAGGCCACACUCUACCACAACCAGACCUCCGAGCUGCGGGAGCUGCUGGAGUUCACCCGCAUGUACCUGCAGUCAGACGACGAGAUGGAGGUGGAGGAGACAGAACUGCCCACGCACUCCAAGGAUGCCCCAUCUGAUGCCGAGUUUGAGGGGGAAGGUGACUAUGAGGAGAGCAUCUAUGCCGACUGGUGGCAGGAGCCAGAUGCCAAGGGUGACGAGGCUGAGGCUGAGCCAGAGCCUGACCUGGCAUGAGAAGGGGGCACCCACGCCCCUCAGGAGCUUGGAAAGCCUGAGCCCGAUGGCACCACCCUCGUCAGCCCAGGCGGCAGCAAGAACUAUUUAUUAAAAACUUGAAACGGACACAGCUGACUGGGCCCCUGUCCUGCCCUACUGUGAGCACUGCCGCCCACACCCCAUCCUGUCUGUGCCUUCUGUGUCUGGACCACAAGGCGGCAGGUGGGCUCACGGGGCUCCGUCCUCCUCCCCGCUGCUCCCCCACCUGGAGGAGAAGCUUCCAGCUGCUGGCGGGAGUCUCAGUUGGAAUUGCAGAGGGUCGGGCAGGGUCGUGAAGAGCUCUGGACCAGCAGUCCAGCGGUUCCGGUUCCCUGACAGCAGGUGCUCAAUAAAUGUUUGCAAUAAACACAGCACCUGGGUCCAGUCUCCCCAGGGCUCGCCUGCGAGGA